AUGGAUACCUCACUCCCCUUACCAGACCAGGCACGGGCGCUCGUUGCCGGGCUUGCAGCACAGUGCACCCAGGGGUUCGGGUCCAUGUCAGCGUCCGUGUAUGACACGGCCUGGCUCUCCAUGGUGCACAAGUCUGGCGACUGGCUAUUCCCGGAAUGCUUCGAUUUCAUCCUGGAGGAACAACUUCCCUCAGGUGCCUGGGAGUCGUACGCCACCCCCCUCGACGGCAUCCUCAACACCGCCGCGGCACUGUUGGCCCUGAAAAAGCACCUGCAGAGAUUGGAUCCCGAGCGGCGCCAUGACCGUCGUCAUGGCGACUGGCUGUUUAGGAGCAACCGAGCGGAAACGGCCCUGAAAGACAUGUUGCAUGACUGGGACGUUGAAUCAACGGACCAGGUGGGCUUCGAGAUCCUCGUCGUAUCCCUCCUGACCCUGCUCGAGAAGGAAGCCGGCGUCUCGGUAGACUUCCCCGGCUAUGGUACCCUGCGAGCUCUCCGGGACGCCAAAUUGGCCAAGCUACCCCCUUCGACACUGUACAAGAUGCCGUCCACCUUGUAUCACGCCCUCGAGGCGUUCAUUGGCCACAUUGACUUUGAUCGUGUUCGGCCAUGGCGACAGGCGGACGGUUCCAUGAUGGGGUCUCCAGCAGCUACGGCUGCGUACCUGAUGAAUUCUUCCACCUGGGACGACGAGGCUGAGGCGUAUCUCAAGAGAGUCUUGCGUCGGAAACAAUCAAAUAAAGCCAGCCGCGGGAGCGUGCCAUGCGCGUGGCCGACCACGUUAUUCGAAGUCAGCUGGGUGCUCACGGCGCUCGGAACGGCUGGGGUGGCGAUAGGGGAUGCCCAGAGGUUGAUUCUCGGAAACCUGCUACGAGAGACUCUUGUAUCGCAGAAAGGUCUUCUCGGAUUCGCCCCCGGCAACCUGCCCGACGUGGACGACACAGCCAAGGGGUUAGAAGCAUUGAACUACAUUGACCAGGGUGACCACGUCAGUGUGGACGGCCUCAUCCAAACGUACGAAGCCGCCGAGCACUUCAUGACCUAUCCAGGGGAACGCAACGCCAGCUUCAGCGCAAAUUGCAAUGUGAUGAUCCUUCUUCUGGUACGCAACGACCGAGACCAGCACGUGUCGCAAAUCGCCAAGGUCGCUCGCUUCUUGACGCGCAGUGUCCUAGAAGGACAUGUCAAGGAGAAAUGGGUAGCGUUUGGGUUGCUCAUCCAACACCAUGAACUUUCCCUGGCAGUUUUCGACCUGAUCCCAUCCCUGCGAGAGGACAUUCCCUUGGCCUCGUUGUCUAUUCUGAUGCGUAUCAUCGGGGCGCAGCAAGCGGAUGGUUCCUGGGACGGAGUCUGCGAAGUCACGUCGUACGCCGUGUUGGCUCUGUCGUCGUUGGAGAAACUCACUUGGAUCCGACAGCUAGACACCGGCAGGAUAGUCGCCGGAAUGGCACUGGGCAAGGCCUUCCUGAACUCCAACCGGGACGCAUGGACCAAAGGCCGUCAUCUGUGGAUUGAGAAAGUCACGUAUAGCUCGCCCGUCCUCAGCGAAGCAUAUUGCCUGGCAGCAGCGUCCGUUCCGUUGCCCUCGACGGUAUAUCCUCAACCCGGAGCUAACAACUCCCGGACUGCCGUUUCAGUCGAGACGAAGUUACUGAUGGGCAUACGAAAGGCUAGCAGCCUCAUUGCACGCACGCCGCUAUUUUCCGACACAGACCCAUGGGCUCUGCGCGUCGCCGAGAUGCAAGCCUUCUUCUCCAUGCAGGCGCUGCAGCGUGACCCUGUUAAUGUCUUCCCGCGGACAGCAAAGGGCAAGGACAAGUACCUGUUCAUCAUACCCCUGGCUCUAACCGCAAGCGCUCUCGAAGCCGGCGGCGGCCCUGGGGCGGUGAGCCACUCGGUCCUGUACGAGAUGAUGGUGUUGUCCAUUCUGAACUUCCAUGCGGAUGAAUACAUGGAAGGUGUUGUGGAACAGCACUUUGAGGGGGAGCUCGACUCUGUCCGUAGUGUCGUUCGUGAGCUGUUCACCGAGGUCCAGCUUAGGUCCAGCACCAAACCAGACACCAACGGUCGUAAUGGAGACUCGACCCACGAACAAGCUGGAGGAGCCUCACAGCCGACGGUCGCAGACGUCAAGGCCGUCCUCGGCCGGUUCGUAAAGCGUAUCCUCCACCACCCGGCGGUGCUCUCGAGCCCAGUUAGCCUUCAAACCCGACUCGCGUUUGAGCUGCAGACCUUCCUCCUCGCCCAUAUCACCCACGCUGAAGACAACCACCGUCUCCGCGCCCAGUUGGAUCAAUCGCAGGCAGCCUCCCACCAUGGGAACGGGAAUGGCAGUACCAACGGGAAUGGAAACGGCCACAGCAACGGCCACUCAAACGGUCACUCUAACGGCAACACGAACGGCCAUAGCAACGGUUCCAACGGCCACACCAACGGCACAACCGCCACCACCACCUCCACCCCCACCUACCACAGCCCCGGCCGCACAUUCUACCACUGGGUACGCAGCACCUCAGCCGACCACACCUCCUGCCCCUUCUCCUUCGUUUUCUUCGACUGCCUCCCCACCACCACCACCACCACCACCCCCUCCUCCAAAAUCCCAACGCUCUUCACCGCCUCCACCCGCACCAGCUACCUCACCGAAUCCGCAGCCCGCCACCUCGCCAGCCUCUGCCGCAUGUACAACGACGCCGGGUCGGCCGGGCGCGACGCCGACGAGCGCGCACUCAACUCGCUCAACUUCCCGGAAUUCGCCAUGUCCUCCCCCCCUCCCCACACUCCCUCUCCCCUUUUCUCCACUCAAAAGGGACGUGCCCCCAAAAAGGAGGUGCGAGACCCCAAGGAGGAGUUGCUCUGGCUUGCGGGGUAUGAGCGGCGCGGGCUGGAGACGGCGGUGGAGAUGCUGGAGGAGGAGGUUGGGGACGCGAGGCUGGUGGGGGCGCUGAGGUUGUUUGUGCGGGUGACGGAUUUGUAUGGGCAGAUUUAUGUGCUGCGGGAUGUUGGCACGCGGACGGGGGGUCGGUGA